UGGACUGGAUUUGUCUUUUAAAGAAGAAGAAACCCAGGUGACUCCCUCUCGGCUCUCUCUCCCUAACGCCGAGCUCCAUAUCCAUCUCCAUCUCUGUCUCGAUCUGGUCUCUCUCUAACGCCGAGCCUCUGCACACGACAAACACCGAACCAGGCGAAACCCAGCUCAAAACAUUCUGGAGGCCGAAGGUCCCUGGUUUGAAAGUUUUCUUUCGAUAUUACACAUAGAUAUCGAAGAUUCAAAGAAUAUUCUCACUUUUAUUCCAUUGGCGCCAGCUUGUGUGGGAUAUAUAAUUAUGAGUAAAAUUAUAUGUGCACCAGAAUAUGCGCCCAAAACCAAAUUUGGUUUAGAGUGUUUAACCACCCUUCUCUGCUCUUACCAUCUUAUUUUGAUCUAAUUUGGUUUUGAACAAUUUCGCAAGUUGGUGAAACAAUGAGGCAGAGAAACAAAGUUGUAUUUACUGGAAAACCAGAUUUACAUAGCUCAGUUUCAGAGAAAACAGAGGAAGCUCAAAAUUUCAAUCCCUCAGUCUCACCCAGAAGAGUAUUCGCACUCUGCUUGGCUUUUCGGUUCGUAAAUGCUCUGUUGGUGCAGACCUAUUUCAACCCAGAUGAGCAUUGGCAAGCCCUUGAAGUUGCUCACCGAAUUGCAUUUGGAUAUGGUCAUUUGACAUGGGAAUGGAAGAAGGGCAUUCGUAGCUAUUUGCAUCCCUUGAUCUUUGCUUUGUUUUACAAAGUUCUGGCCUUACUGAGUUUGGAUACUCCUUUGUUCAUGAUAAAUGCUCCAAGGGUGCUGCAAUCCAUGUUUUCUGCAGUUGGUGAUUUGUAUUUCUACAAAUUAUCUGUUGUGGUUUUUGGUGAGAGUGUUGCCAAAUGGGCUCUCUUUGCCCAAUUGACAAAUUGGUUCAUGUUUUUCUGUAUCACCCGUACAUUGUCGAAUUCCUUAGAGACUGUUCUUACCCUUGUUAGCCUAUACUACUGGCCUUGUUUGCGACCAUCUUCCAGCAAACUUUCCUUGAAAGCAAGGAAGUGGGGUUUGGCAUUGGCAGCAUUAGCUUGUGGUAUACGACCAACAAGUGCCAUUGUUUGGCUGUAUGUAGGCAUUCUUGAGCUAUUUGAGACACAUAAUAGACUUGGAUUCAUUUUUCUGGAAGUGGCUCCAAUUGGGGUCUUGGUGCUUGGGCUUACAUCUAUUUUGGAUCGAUUGAUGUACGGUUCAUGGAUAAUAGUCCCUCUUAAUUUUCUGAAGUUCAAUUUUCUUUCCUCUGGAGGAGAUUAUUAUGGAACUCACAAGUGGCACUGGUACUUUAGUCAAGGAUUUACUGUUAUGCUCUUCAGCUUCGUACCAUUUUCUAUUGCUGGAAUUCUGCAGUCCAAAAAAUGGAAGCUUUCUGGUCUUAUAGGAUGGGUUUUAGGACUUUACAGUGUGCUAGGUCACAAAGAAUUCAGGUUUGUCCUUCCUGUGCUUCCUAUAGCCUUGAUGUUCUCUGGAUAUUCAUUAGCCAGAAUAAGCAUAUCAUAUUCUCCCAAUAGUAAAAAGAAAGGCUCUUCAAAUGUUUCUAGCAAAUGGCCUCCAAAAAUGCUAUUAGCCAUCUUCUUCUUACUAGUUACCAAUAUUCCAAUGGCCUUGUAUAUGAGUUUGUAUCAUCAGAGAGGAACUGAGGAUGUAAUGAACCAUUUAUCGAAAGAGGCGCUCCAUGAAAAAGUGAAAAGUAUUCUUUUCCUAAUGCCCUGUCAUGCAACACCUUACUACUCCACCCUGCACCGCAAUAUACCAAUGCGUUUUCUGGACUGCACUCCAAGUGACACAAAAGGAAUCCCAGAUGAGUCCGACCAAUUCAUGAUGGAUCCUGUUGGUUUUACAUCUGAAUAUGCGAAAAAUUGGUCUUUACCUAGUCAUAUUGUAUUAUAUGAGCCAGAAGAAAAGCAGUUGAGGGACUUUUUAGUCUCACAUUCUUUCAGAGAGGAGAAAAGGUUCUUCCAUGCUCACUUCAAAGUGGAUCGUGAUCUUCAAGCCUCGGUUGCUGUCUAUGUUUUGACUGACCAGUGACCAUCUUGAAUGGACUGGAGUUUGCAAUUCUAAUCAUGGAGGCUUCUAACACUCUCUCAGGCUUCAAAUUUUUUCUUGAGUUUUCCUUCUUGCUUAACAUGUAAUCAUACUUUGUUCAAAUUUUGGUCCACUGAUGUCAACAUAACAUGAUACUAUUUUGAUGCAUUGUUUCAAUUGUAACAGUUAAAGAACAUGUAUACAGUAAAUUAAUCGCUUUUGAUAUUAAUAUGACCAUUGUUUUCAUGC